AUGCUUCCUCAAGCCCGUUUACGUUUCUUCACAGCUCUGCGUGCGCCAGUAUGUAGGCGACAGUUUGCGACAGAGUCGCGGUUAGCCUCGGACCACGUUCGCAUCGUUGAAGUCGGCCCUCGAGAUGGAUUACAGAACGAAAAGAAAUCUAUCUCAAAGGACACCAAACUGGAAUUGAUUAAGAAGCUAGCCGGGACUGGCGUUACUACUAUCGAGGCAGGAUCCUUUGUACCUGCGAAAUGGGUACCACAGAUGGCUAGCACAUCUGAAAUUUGCGAACAGCUCCUUACCGCACCACCUCCAUCCCAACAUACAAUUGCGUACAACUACCUCGUUCCAAAUAUCAAGGGGCUUGAGAGUCUCGUGAAUAUCAUGGAUGCCACAGGCGUACCGGCGGAUGCAACAGGGAUAGAUUCAAAAGCUGCAACAACAACAGAAAUCUCACUGUUUGCCGCAGCCACUGAGGCAUUUUCAAAAGCCAACACCAAUUGCACAAUUGCCGAGUCACUUGAAAGAAUCAAGCCUAUUGUUGCACUGGCCAAGACUAAGAAUAUCCGUGUCCGAGGUUAUGUUUCGGUAGCUUUGGGAUGCCCCUAUGAGGGUCCGGAUGUAAGUCCUGCCAAGGUGGCAGAUAUUACUGCGACACUUCUGGAGAUGGGAGCCGACGAGGUUUCAGUAGCUGACACCACCGGCAUGGGUACGGCGCCACGAACAAUGGAACUUCUUCAAGCCCUCAAAGCGGCCGGCAUUGCGAAUACCGACCUUGCACUACAUUUCCAUGAUACAUACGGACAGGCUUUGGUGAAUACAAUCGUGGGUCUUGAGCACGGAAUUCGAAUCUUUGACAGCAGUGUUGGUGGAUUGGGCGGCUGCCCAUACUCCAAGGGCGCGACUGGAAAUGUCUCCACAGAAGACCUCAUCCAUACGGUCCAUAGUCUGGGUAUGCACACUGGUGUUAGCCUCGAGGAAAUGUCGCGGAUUGGAUCGUGGAUCAGCGAAGAGUUGGGCCGAGUGAACGACAGCCGAGCAGGAAAGGCGACCCUUUCUAGGCUCGCCGAAUAA